AUGAGGAGGAAGCUUGAGAAUCUGGGUACCAGAUCUCGCCAAGGUGGUGAGAUGGAGGCCUGCUUCCUGCUGUUUUGUUGGUUGAUGCAGUUCCAGGGCCUCAAAGAGCACGUUCUUGUUGAUGACCUCUUCCUCGCCAAGCUUGUCGUGGAACUGCAAAAACCAAGUGAAAAGGACGCCUGCCAACCUGGCACCGCUCUCAACUUCCUCUCAGUAGGCGCCAAGAAUUGUGGUGAUAUCGGACUAUACAAGGAGUGUUACUCUAGUGAUAAGAAGGGAUGGGCAUCAGAAGAUGCCAGGAAUAAACAUGAAGAAAUGUUGCAGAAGCAAAAGGAACCUAUAGAGGAGGGUGAAGUAUCUUUAACAGAGCAACAGAUUUGCGAGCAUGUGCUUGGUAAGGCAUAUGGUUACAUCAGAGGUCGGGGUCAUGGACCAAAACCAAAUAGAAGGGCUUACUCAAGCGUAUCAAGCUCAACUCAGCAUGUAGUGGAAGAAUUGGCCUCUACAAAGGAGAUUGUUGCUACGCAACAAACUCAAAUUGAGGCUCAACAAUCUCAACUUGAAGCUCAACAGAAGAAGAUCGAUUGGCUACAAAGUGUCGUGUCUAACUUGGUUGGCAUUUCACCUCCUAUGGACGGCACUAGUGCAACAGGGCUAGGUUUCACAACUGAGCGGCCAAUGCCAUCUGACGGAAUAGCAUUCCAAUUUCUGCCACAGGUUCACUGAUGUCUAACAC